GCCUCCAACAAAUGAACAUGCUCUCAACGCGCACAGCAUCUACUCAAUAUCCUGCACUGACAAUCCCAACAGACAACUGAACACUUACAGACUCUCUCUUGACAAAUGCUGUAAUCAGAUUUGCGAGGAUUCGAGGCAAACAGCCCAGAGCCGUAUGGCAAGCGCUCUAAUGGGUUCAUCGGCAUUCGUUUGGUGGCUGUGUACGAGAGCUCGUGUCGUCGUGCUAGAACGGAUUAACGCGCUACGUGCUGUGAAUUGGUUCAACAAACUAAUACAAACACACGAACCGACACACACACACAAACGAGCGACAAAGAGCCACAGCCACAGAAGACGAGACGGGUUGUGAAAGUGAAUUGGACCUUUGAAAACUUGAAAGAGGAGGCGCACGAGCGAAUGUGAAAAGUGAAAUUAAUUUUUGUUUGCAACUUUGUUGAAGUCGAAAUUCGUAAUCUGAACGCAGCGGCUGGCGGUGGCGACGUUAAUGGUGCCGGAUGGACGGUCGUUAGAGCGUGCACGAAACAAAAAAUAUCAGCCACAACAACGUGUAAAAGUCAUAACGAACGUUAUAAAAUGAAAAGUACGAGUAUGUUAACGAGAGUCGACAGUGAACCAACUUCGAACGAAAUAAUUCACUAGAAUAUCACCAGCAGCUGCAAUACCAAAAACAUUGGAACGACGAGCAAAAAUGCAACAACAACAAGCACACUUCAACGCGCUCCUCCCAUGACAUAUGUACAAUAAGCUAACGAGUUAUAUAUAUAGAACAAAUACAACAACAUCGUUCAUCACGGCCAGCAACGGGAUAUCAUCACGUAUGACCGCCAACUCAACCAUAUCAUAGCGCAGCACAACAACAAAAAGCCGAUAAUGUGGUGUAAAACAAAAGGAAGCAGCAGUCGAGGCAAACGAAAAGCACUUGAAAGGAGUAGCAGCAGCGACAGCGGCAGUGGGAGUGGGAGUGUCGCGAAAAGCCAUCGAUGGACAGACUGCUGCACGUUGCUACUUUUGGUCAUACUCACAUUGACGCACAUUCCCAGCGCGAGAUGUAAGCGAAAAGAAAUGGCUGCCGGUCGUUUGGAGAAUGUCACACAAACUAUUUCAAAAAUCCUCCAAGGUUACGACAUACGACUGCGUCCGAAUUUCGGAGGUGAGCCAUUGCACGUGGGUAUGGACCUCACAAUAGCCAGCUUUGAUGCCAUAUCAGAAGUAAACAUGGACUACACCAUCACCAUGUAUUUGAACCAGUACUGGCGCGAUGAGCGACUAGCCUUCAACGCUUACGGACCAUACUAUGACGACGAUGCGGACGAUGAUGGCGUCAAUGAUGUGCUGACGCUCUCUGGCGAUUUCGCAGAGAAAAUUUGGGUACCCGACACAUUUUUUGCGAACGAUAAAAAUAGUUUCUUACAUGACGUCACCGAGCGCAACAAACUGGUGCGUUUAGGUGGCGAUGGCGCUGUCACCUAUGGCAUGCGCUUCACAACAACACUCGCCUGCAUGAUGGAUUUGCACUAUUAUCCGUUGGAUUCGCAAAAUUGUACAGUGGAAAUUGAGAGUUAUGGUUACACUGUCAGCGAUGUGGUGAUGUAUUGGAAGCCCACACCCGUACGCGGUGUCAUGGAUGCCGAAUUGCCACAGUUCACAAUAAUCGGUUACGGUACAAAUGAUCGUAAAGAGCGUUUAGCCACUGGUAUAUAUCAACGGUUAUCGCUCUCUUUCAAAUUGCAACGGAAUAUUGGUUAUUUUGUAUUUCAAACAUAUCUGCCAAGCAUAUUGAUUGUGAUGCUUUCGUGGGUGUCUUUCUGGAUUAACCACGAGGCGACGAGUGCGCGCGUCGCAUUAGGCAUAACCACCGUGCUCACUAUGACUACAAUAAGCACCGGUGUGCGUAGUUCCUUGCCAAGGAUAUCUUAUGUCAAAGCCAUUGACAUUUAUUUGGUUAUGUGUUUCGUGUUCGUUUUCGCUGCCCUGCUUGAGUACGCAGCUGUCAAUUACACGUAUUGGGGCAAGCGCGCUAAGAAAAAAGUGAAAAAGUCCAAAGAUGGUGAAGGCAGAAAAACAGGCAAGUGCGAUAAAUCCGAAACGUGUUCAACAGCCGAUGACAUCAUCGAAUUGCAGGAUGUGCGCAUGAGUCCUAUACCCUCAUUGCGUAAAGGCAACUACAAUAGCACGCUCGGCUCCAUAGGCACCGAAACUGUGGACCUGGCAAAGUUUCCACCGAGCUUUAGAAUUACGCGCAAUUAUGGCACAAAUCGUACACAUUUGCGUUAUAGAGGUCAAAAAGGCAAACCACGCGUGCUGCAUGCGCUGAAACGAGGCGCUUCGGCCCUCAAAGCAACUAUACCGAAAAUUAAAGAUGUUAACAUUAUCGACAAAUAUUCACGCAUGGUGUUCCCAGUUAGCUUUUUAGCCUUCAAUCUGGGCUACUGGCUAUUCUACAUUCUGGAAUGAUAGCACCUGCUGACACUUCACGCCAAAUAGGAAGAACCCUAGUUAGUGUGCAGUGUACAAGUUAAAUAAGACACCUGAAAAUUCGAAAUCUACCACUUAACCAAAAGCCAUGGCCCAAGAAAAUGCAAAUCAAACUGCGCAAAGAAACCCAAUGUGAGAAAAUCCAAACAAAAUUAUGUAAAAGUAAAUGGAAUCAAAGAAAUGUCACCAAAAACAAACCAAAUGUGUCCUCAAAUGAAUAAAAAUGAAUACAAUUGUGUAGAUUAGCGCCUGCUAACUGCUAUCUAAAGCAAAUUAGAGAAACAACACCUACCUAAAUUGUCAAAAGGAGCCCUUUAAAAAUAAAAAGUAAAUAAAAAAAUAACAAAAAAAUUAAAAAUAUCAGAAAAUGCACGAUUUCAUUGCCACUUCGAUGGAUGUGUUUGUGAAUCUUAUAAAAGUUCAAAAAACCACUAACGUAGUCAAUGAAAAGUUGGAAUUUAGUACUUAGUAAAACCCCUAGCUAUAACAAAAUAAAAAAUUACUUACGAACAUACCUACAAUACAAAUUCUUACCAUCGUUUAGUUUAAGUUACCAAUGAAUUAGGAAGUUCAAUUGAAUGAAUGAAUGUCUUAAGAACACACAAAGUCAAGAAGCUUGAAACAGGGGCCGAAAGUAAUGCUUUUGAUAUUUUAGAUUUCUUUCAAAUUGAUUCACCAUGUUGAUUUUAGAAUCUUUACUUUAUUUACAAGAUUGUUGAUUGGUUACGUAAAAAAACGCAAAAACUCCAAAUAUUGUACAAUGCAGAACGAAAAAUCAAAAUUUAUUCGAAACAAACUAAGAACACUAAUUAAUAUUCCACACGGUAUUGAAAACAAAAUCUGCCAUAUUUAAUUCGAAUAACAAUUACUAAAUACAAAAAUACAUAUUUAGGAUAACAACAGUCAAAAUACGUUUAAAAGCCGAAUAAUUUAAGAACUAAUAUGUAUGUAAAAAAAAUAUGUAUAAUAUGUUUCUUUUCAUAACGGUUCCUAGUUUAGAGCAUAUAACCAAUUGGAAAAAAUAUUAAAAACUUUUAAUAUAUAACUCAUAUCCUAGGUGGCAACCCCGAAAUCAAAAUUUUUGUUAGCUAGUAAUUAGUAUAAGCGUACAGUUACAGUAGUUACAUAUGGUUAGGAGACAGUUUUGGAAAUGGCAAAAUAAAACAACCUAAUUUUUAAACCACAAAGAUGAAAAAUAAAUUAGUAUUUGAAAUUUGAGAUGAAUAAACGUGCAUAUGAUAUUUUA